CAGAAAGUAUUCAGCCAAGUACUCCACAUGCUCGAACACCUUCUGAAGUUCGAGAAAAUAAUACUCCACCAGGCACGAACCAAAAUCUGAUAGCAAAUAUCGAAAAUAUGCGUGCAUUGCAUGGUAAAUUGCCAAAUAUUCGUUUACCGUCUAAAUUUUUAUUUGGCAAUUCGAAAACUCCAAAUACUGUACCUGCAAAAUUUUCACCUAUUCCUGAACUAAGACAUUAUGGUCAUGAUCAAGCAACAAAUCUGAAAGAUGAUCAUUUUAGUUUUACCACAG